CCCCUAAGGCUAUGUCCUCUUGGGUUGUGAGGCUGCUUCCUGGGUAUGCUCGUUCCUUGGCUACAUCAUCAAAGAACCCAAAAGACGAGGCUCUUCAUCGUCAUCGUGAGGCCUAUGGGUACUUCUUGCCCAUCCAGACAAGAUGGCAGGACAAUGACCAGUAUGGCCAUGUGAACAAUGCCGUGUACUACAGCUACUUUGACACUGUUAUCAACCACUACCUGAUCAGGUACUGUGGCCUGAAGACCAGCUUACUGACAUCCCCCAUGGUGGGGUUCAUGGUGGCUAAUCAGUGCACCUACCACAUACCUGUUGGCUUUCCGCAGAUCCCGCUGGCCGCCUUGGCUGUGGAGAAAAUUGGGCACUCAAGCGUGCAUUACCGACUUGCUCUGUUUCCCCCUGUGUCCCCUCAGGAAGGAAAUUCAGCAGAGCACUGUGACCUCGGGGAUGGAUUUUUCUUGGGCCAUCCCAAGUUGGCACAGUUUGAAUCUUGGGCCUGUGCCACAGGAUCUUCAGUCCAUGUCUUUGUGAAUCCAGCCACCAACAAGCCAGUGGGACUUCCUGAUGACUUCAGGAAGGGGCUUCUGAAGCUGAUGAACCCAGUAGCAGUUUAAAUGAUGUACACUGAAUUGUUUGUGUCA